AUGGCGACAUGCGCAGGUCAAAAUGCAGUUUGUCGAAGUUUACGCAGGGUUCGUCCUCAACGGUCGUUGAGAUACACCCCGAAGCCCGCAACAAGAACCCGGCAAUUCCAUUCAUCGAGAGCUCGUCGCGAAGGACAUGAAGAUAACCAAAAGAAUGAUAAGAACCAGUCAUUUGGUUCCCGUUUGGGCCGCGCUUGGGGCGAAACAAAGAUCGAAUGGCAUCCAAUUCCCAUCGGCUUGGGUAUCGGCUUUCUCGGACUAUGGCAGUUCUAUCGGGCACGUAGGGAUACAGAGCGAUUGAGAGAUCAGGAAAUAGAAGAAGAUGGGAAACCACCGCGGCGAAAGAGAAUCCGUCCAUCAGGACCCUGGCAGGUGCAGGUCAUGUCAACGCUGCCCCUGAAAGCCCUGUCACGGCUAUGGGGACGAUUUAAUGAACUCGACUUGCCGAUGCCUUUACGUAUCCCAGGUUUCAAACUAUAUUCGUGGAUAUUCGGCGUGAACCUAGAUGAAGUUAAGGAGCCGGACCUACGUACUUAUGCGAACCUAGCGUCAUUCUUCUAUCGUGAAUUGAAGCCUGGUGCGCGCCCCAUAGAUCAGGAUCCAAAUGCCAUUGUGUCGCCAUCGGACGGAAAAAUUCUGUCAUUUGGCAUGAUUGAACGUGGUGAGGUUGAGCAGGUCAAGGGCAUGACAUAUAGUUUGGAGGCACUACUUGGAGAGGCAAGUCCUUCACGGGCAGCAAUUGAAAGCCAUGGAAUCAGACCUGCGGACAUGGAACAUGAACCUGGAAACGUGGCUAUGGAGGAGGAAUUCGCUACUGUGAACGGCAUCUCGUACACUCUACCCCGUUUCUUGUCAGGCUCCAAGGAAAAACCAAAAAAAGAAGCAGCCAUGGAUGCGUCGACUGAGUCAGGUCCAUCUUCAGAAGCAAAAGUCAAGGCAGACUUAGCGUUGGGUGACGGACGACCUUGGUAUGCACCGAGUGCAUCGAACAAUGCUUUGUUUUACUGUGUGAUCUAUUUAGCUCCUGGUGACUACCACCGUUUCCACUCUCCAAUUUCUUGGGUUGUCGAGAGCCGACGACAUUUCGCUGGUGAACUCUACUCCGUGUCUCCAUACCUUCAACGAACGCUCCCCGGACUCUUUGUGUUGAACGAGCGAGUCGUGCUUUUGGGUCGCUGGCGCUGGGGCUUCUUUAGUUAUAUACCCGUUGGGGCAACCAACGUUGGCUCUAUCAAGUUAAAUUUCGACGCCGAACUGCGGACGAACAGUCUUACGACAGAUACUGCAGCUGACCGCGCAGCAGCCGCGGCAGCUAAGCGUGGCGAGGCAUAUACUGGAUUCGCAGAAGCCACUUAUUACAAUGCCAGCCGGGCCUUGCAUGGCCAUCCACUGCAACGAGGUGAAGAGAUGGGAGGCUUCCAGCUGGGUAGUACCAUUGUACUCGUCUUUGAAGCUCCUAUGGGAGUCCGCAAGAGCUUUGAUGAGGGCUGGGAUGGUGGUAGAGAAGGUGGUUGGACCUGGAAUAUCAAACAAGGCCAGAAGAUUAAGGUUGGCGAGAAACUUGGUCAUAUCGAAUUAUAG